GCGCUCCGCUCCAGUAGAAGAAGACAACUCCCGCGGAGGAACAACCACUACGCACCUUCACAGACACACUUCCCACGGUUCUCUCGGAUUUCACCGUGUACUUUCACACGAGUUUGCCGGUCGGGGUGCUCGGUUCGGACCGCAUGAGGACGUGCGGGGUAUGAACGCGGCGCGGACGCCUCAAACAAAGUAGAAGAGGAGGCAGAGCUGUGCGCUCGAUGGCUGCGGGGGAUGGAGCCCUGCCGGCCACCGUAGCGGCCAGCCGGAGCGUGGAGAAGGCGCUGGAGGAGGCUGCGGCGAGCGGGGCGCUCAACUUGGCCACCCGCAAACUGAAGGAGUUUCCCCGCAGCGCCCGCAACUAUGACCUGUCCGACAUCACUCACGCAGACCUGUCUAAGAACCGUAUCUGUGAGUUGCCGGAGGAGCUCUGUCAGUUCAUCUCUCUGGAGACACUGAGCCUUUACCACAAUGGGAUGCGUUCAUUGUCCCCCAGCCUGGGCAACCUCCAGGCUCUUAUCUACCUCAACCUCAGUCGUAAUCUCCUGUCCAGUUUACCCCCGUCGGUGUUUCAGCUUCCUCUCCUGCGAGUGCUCAUCGUCAGCAACAACAAGCUGUCUUCGCUGCCCGCCUCCAUACACUCCCUCACACACCUUCGACAGCUGGAUAUAAGCUGCAAUGAGCUGCAGGGUUUGCCUGCAGAGCUCGGUCAGCUGGAGUGUCUGAGGGACUUAAACCUGAGGAGGAACCAGCUCACCACACUGCCUGAAGAAAUAUCCGAGCUCCCUCUUGUCCGGCUCGAUGUGUCCUGCAACCGCAUUUCCCACGUGCCCUUGUGCUACCGCCACCUGCGACAUCUCCAGUGCAUUAUGCUGGACAACAACCCGCUGCAAAUGCCGCCUGCGCAGAUCUGCUCCAAGGGCAAAUACCACAUCUUCAAGUACCUCAACAUGGAGGCAUGCAAGAGGAGCCAGGAGGAGCUGGAGAGACACCUGAGACCCACUGGAUUCAACAGCUGCCUGUCAGACCAUGAGCUGUUCACAGGUCCGUUUGGUGGACUGGACUCUGGCUUCAACAGUGUGGACAGCGGCAGCAAGAGAUGGUCUGGGAAUGAGUCAGCAGACGACUUCUCCGAGCGUUCCCUCCGCUUGGCUGAGGUCAGCAGAGACCAGAGGAACCUGGAGGAAGAGGAAGAGGAGGAUGUAUCUCCUCAGGAAGCGAACAAAGUGAACGGCGAAGCUGAGCAGGUGGACUUCAUUGACAGCAGUGUAACGGAGGAAGAGGAGGAGGAGAUCAGGCCGGAUCCACGCACACCUCCUCUGGAUCAGAAGGAGAAAACUUCACCGUCUCAAACCCAGGACUCAACAACAUGCAGGUCCAGCCUCCACGUGGAGGUGGUCCCCCCGUCGUCGCCCUCCUCAUCUCCCCUAUCCCCCUCCAGCCCCACCCUGGAGGAACGCAGGAAGCCGGGAACCCUUCUCAUCUGGCAGGAGAGAGAGCGGCUGCAGCAGCAGAGAGAGAAAGCCAGUUUGCUGAAGCCAUCAACCAAAACAGGAAGUCACGUGGCCACGGCACCGCAGGCAGGAAGUAGUUCAGCUGGUACAUCUCCAGAGAACAGCAGCUCCCUCUCAGGCCUGCGGCAGAGAUGUGCAAGCGCUGAACAGAUGGGCACAUUGUCUCCAUCAGUACUUCUCCAGCGCUCCACCAGUAGACCAGAUGUCCUGCCUUCCCCGAAGACGUCUCCUCCACCGGGUCAGACUCAUAAACCCAACAGCUUCCUGUUCCGCACCUCCUCCCGGAGCAAUGUCAAACCCACAGGCUCCAUCUUUACUCUGGGCGAGUCCGGCAGAAGUGAGUCUCGCACGACGCUGCGUUCUCCUAAAGAGGAUAGACAAGACAUCACACAUCUACGCAAGACUGUGGAGUCUCGGCUGAAGAUCAAUUUGCCGGAGGAUCUGGGUGAGGCCUUAUCCAACGGCACCAUCCUCUGCCAGCUGGUUAACCAGAUUCGACCACGCUCCGUAUCAAUCAUCCACAUUCCCUCCCCAGCAGUGCCAAAACUUAGUUCAGCAAAAAGUCGACUCAACGUGGAAAACUUCAUCACUGCUUGUCGCAAGCUGGGAGUCCCCGAGACCGAUGUGUGUGCGUGCUCUGAUGUGCUUCUAUGUAAGCUGCCCGUUGUGCUGCGCUGUGUGGCAGCCCUGCUGGCCGCGGAAGGGGGUGGAAUGGCGGAGGACCACUCCCCUUGCCACUCCUCGCCUUCGUCUUCAUCGCCCUUGUCCUCGUCUUCGUCGCUGCUGUCCACAGGUUUCCUGCUCUUCUACUGUGCGGUCAUGGCCCUGCUCUACGUCGUCUACUGCUACCUUCUCACCUAGAGGAGACACACACAAAACAAAGUACUUGCAUAGUCACAGCUCUACACACAUAGUGAACACACGCAUACAUGGAAACUGAAAUGUGUGGGUCAGUCACAGUUGCUUUGUGUGAGGCCAACACACAGCCGCUCUCCCAGCUGUCAUCUCAGACAAUACGCCGCACUGUGUGCGUGUGUGUGUUUGGAUGUGAGAGCGUGUGUGCGUUUUUUCAGUUUACACACUCUCUGUGACUGUAGAGCAGAUGUCUUAAGUCCUGAGAGUGUGUGUUGGGAUGUUGGAGCCAUAAAGAGCAUGCUGCAGAGCACCUUUUAAUAGAAUACACUACACACAGCUCCAUUUCAACCUUUUAAGGAAUAGAAAGCACUAAUGUGAUGGACAGAUACUGUACGAGAGUAGAUGAGAAGUGAAAUGCCUUAGCCUAGAUUAGCCUUCACUCAGUUACACUGUAAAUCUGAGGCAGAGGUGCUCAGAGGCGAAAAGGAUCUCAGUGGUCGGGACAUGAGUAGGCAGAGCGAAGGAAGCACAAACAUUUACACAGAACGCCUGUAAUGCAUUUUACCAAUGCACCCUUGUAGAUAAGCAGCAGAUACAGUAUAUAACCUGAUCAGGGCCAAAUCAUUCCCAGUCCAUACUGGAAGAUCCUCCUCCACAACUUACAAUGUUACACAAUAUCCACAACAAAACAUGGAGACAUUCAAGUUAGUUUAGUUAAUGUUGAGAUCAGAGCCCUCAAACAAGCACAAGUUCUUUACUCUGGCCCUGUUCAAACCUGGUGUUGACAUCAGAUCUAAGAUGUGUUGCCAAUGCUACCUGUGUACAUUUACACCUCAAUUUAAAGCUGUCCACCUUAAUCCCACGUCAUACACUGACACACACAACUAAAUGCCAACAUAUGCAGGAGAAGCGGUGCAGCCAUCAAGCACAUAUGGAUCCAAAGUUAACUUUUAUAGCUGCAUUAAUUAUUAGAACUUGCAGGCAAUAUAGCAAGUUGCAAAAACACAACCUGUGACCCAUCACCUUUAAAAACUGACACGUCACACCACACAGAGAAGUUACGCAUUCAUAUGGAGCCAGUGUAACAUCUGCUGUAAACAUCAGCCUGCGGCCGUGAGACUGAACCACUUGGGUCAAGUUGUUUGCAAUGAGCUAAAGGGUUAAUGCUUAAAUUCACUUUUUCAUAUUCCCACAAUCAUACAGUUGUUGCGUUGUGUAAAAUUUAUUUUUUAUGCAAACUGCAGCUUGUUAAAACUUGGGUUUGACUUUCAAAGCCUGUUCUAUCAGAUAAGAUAACAUCCUACUUACAACCCUAAUGGCUGAGUUCUGGACUCGUGGCAGAAUCAUUAACCAAACACAGGCAGUCGGACCAGCGUGUAGAACAGAGUUAGGAAAACAGUGAUAAAUCUCAAGGGGUCAGCAGGAUGCAUCAGUAACUUAUCAAAAAGCUCCUGGUUCUAGUCAGUACUGACAGAACCGUCAACAUAUUCCAGAAAAGUGUGGACGGCUGAUUAGAUAUUUUUGAAUUUUGUAUUCUUCCACAUCACAAGACUGUUGUUCAUCAGCUUUGCUCACCAAACCACUGAGAUCCCUUCUGCCCAGUUACAGCCUAAACUCCAGUCUGCAUGUUUGUAGGCGUUCUACUCGUCCUGCCAGAGCAGCUGUUCAAGAAACCUGUUGAAGACUGAAUAGUGAAUGUGAAUUUUUUCUUUCAUUUUAUUUUUAGCAUUGAGGCAGGUGCAGGUUAUUUCAAAUGGACCGUGGAUGUUUAGUAAUGUUAUAUCUCACGCUGCAAUGGGACAGCGAGACAAAUGAUACAGUGCCUCUUACUGAAUGAACUCUGACCACUUGCAGACUGUACUUGUGUCUGCUAUGUUAACUGUGAGCAGCAGGUGGCAAUGUCGCUUCAUCAACCCUCCCCAAAGCUUCAUGCCCUACCAGAUGGUACAAACCAUAGAUAUAUAUAAGGCCUUAUAUAUAUCUCUAUGGUACAAACCCUCCCCUCCUGGAUGCUGCGUGCGUGUUAAGUAUUUUUUGUGGUUGUCACUGGUCCGUUUGACCGGCUGAUUUCAUAUGUGUAUAAAUGUAAACGGGUUAUUAAAUUAUUGCUUUUUUAUUUAUUUUUUUCUUUAACUUUUUCUAUUGGUUAAAUUUGUCCCCAGUGAAUAAGCAAGGCGUCACUAAUUUGGGUUCAGCCUGUACGCCAAUGGUUCUACAAGCCUGUUUAAGCUUUGUUGAAAUAAGUUUGUUCUGUAAAUCACACACACAAAGGUUAAUUAGAAGUAAUCAAUAUUCAAUUAUUCAGAGUUAAAAUAAUAUUUAUUGUUUAAAAGUUUUUGCCCUUCGUUUGAUUGGUAAAUAAUUGAUUUCCAAGAGAUUCGGACACAUUUCACAGAGCAUUAAAUAACCUGCGCUAAUUCGGCCACAUGCUGUGUUGCUCAUAGCCGGUCAACUACACUCAGAUUGUAAUCUGAUUACUGCUCUCCUUUGACUGAUGUGGGCUUCAAAAGAUGAUGAUGUAAAUAAGCACGAGAUUGUUAAGGUUCAAGAUGUUAAAGCGAGUCUAAACGGAGUCGUCGUGAAGUAAAUAAUAUAUUUAAGGCUUUUUUUCUGUAGCUGUUUGUGUGUGAGAGAGCAACAUCACUAUAUCAGCACAUCUUACCUGUUUUCUUUUAAGACUGGUUUAAAAUAUGGAGCCCCAGAGUGUUAAAUAUAUAUUCAUAAUAUUUAAGGAAAUUAUUAUUUGAUUGAAUGAUUUUGAUAAUCUGACAAACUAAGAAUAUAUUCAGACUAAACUCGUUAUUAUAUGAAUUUAUGUGAUUAUUUUAGUUUUCAUAAUGACUGGGCUGAUUCUUGCCUUCCUUGAAGACGUCCAUGUCCAUUCUCAAACCCUGGACUCCUUCAUGCAUUACUGAAGUCAAUGUCACUGUCUCUAACUUCCUGACGUUCUUUCCCUGCACUUGAAAUCCAAAACGUCCAAGUCUGUGAAUUUCUGAUGGUAGCUGGUCCUUACCCCCUGAUUUGACCCAUCAAACAAUGUUAUCAAAGGAGCAGGACUGGACAUCUUUUCCUUCAAAGACAGGCAUCUAGUCAGUGCACUAAAUCACAUGCCCCUGAAGCAAGCUUAAAAAAAUCAACCCACAUUAUCCAGUCUCUCUUUUUAAGCUAGAGAGACAACGUCGUCCUGAAAUAACAAACUCGAUGUAUCAGUAAAUAAUCACAGUGCACAAAAACAGUAGAUAACCUCUUUUAUUUAGAUCAAUAAGGCUUCAGGUGCUAGUGAGGCAGUAUUGUUACUCAGUAGGACAAUGGAAGUCAGCAUUUGUUACCUUCUGUUGGCUCAAGGUCCAAAGAGAAAAUCGUUUUUUGGCUCUUUCAUUAUUGUGUCUUUUCUUGAAGAAAGAGGUAAAUCUGGAGUAAUUCACCAAACGUGCAAACCCAAUGCAGCUGGUUGGAUGGUGAUCUGUAGGUAGCAUGUCCAUCUUUGUUAAGCUACGUCAAAACAGAGACCAGUUAACUCACUAAACUUGCUGUGAUUGACUAUUGAUUCAAGUAACAGGAGCUAACUGGCUAAUUUUUGUAGCAGUUGUUGAGCUUACAUGCUUAAAGGCCUCAAUGAAAUAAAAGACACAACCUUUUCAAUCCUGUGAUAUUAGCCAAUUGUUAAUUUAUCUCUUAUUUGCCAAAUAUGGAGGAAAAAAACAAUACCAUCGCAUUUAACAUCUAAUUCUGCCAGUUAUGUAAGUGGUGUCAAAGGACUUACUAUUGAAAACUUCAGUAGUUGUAUACAAAAUUAAAUGUGACAAUAUAAAAAAUAAAUGAACUAGCAUUUCAUGUUGGUUCCUUUAUUUAUGUGUGUAUAUAUAUAUAUUUCAAUUUAUUUGUUUAUUUAUUUAAUAUUGAACAUGCUGGGGCCCCAGAUUUACAAAAGACUUUCUGUUGAAAUUUAAAUAUCCUUUUCUUUCUUGAUUCACUCGUUUAAUAUGCUUUACAGCACUAAUUGGUCAACCGUCCAUUUCAUGUUCACAUCUCUGCUGUCUCAAGGUCAGAAUGUCCCCUGUAAAAACUUCCCUUUCCGUGUUUGAGGUUUUUAUUACUCUGCUGUUAAGACGAAUUUAUACUGUUUCAAUUCAAAUGUAUAUUUUAUAAAUGAAACUGACUUAGCAGCACACAGUAACUCAUUCACUGGCUUAGACCAAGCUAUAUUCUUAAAUAUGUUAGGGGAACAGAAAUACUGUUGUGUUUUAUAUUUAUAUGAUACCCUUGUAUAAUUGAGAAACUUUUUUGAGUUUAUAUAAAUCUAUAUGUAAAGGUUUUUUUUUGUUCAUCCCGCUGUAAAGAAAUUAUUAAAACUGAAAACUUUGACCAUAUGCUGUUUCUCUGCUUGCUUGCUGUCUUGCUUUUGCAUAAUCUGCCAGAAACUGUUAUGUGUGAUCAGGGUAUCUGCAGCUGCCUGAACAUCCUAGUUUGACAACAGAAAAAAUCGAA